CUGGGAUCAGAGGAGUCCUGGGCGCUGCCAUGUUUGUGUACGGCGGGAGCGCAAAGCACCCUGGGACCGGCGGGUUGGAUUCGAAGGCGGGGACGGCGGGAAUUCUGACCCCUGGCUUGAGUGGGAAGGCGAGGAGGACAACUGGGUCGUAAACUUAACCAGGACAACUUAAUAGAAACGCGCUGGACAGUUGGAGGAGGAGAUGGAGCCGGAGAAUACUUUAUGUCCUGAUGGCGAGUCCAAAGCAGGUGUUUUAGCUCACUUGGAAAGACUAGAGGCCCAAGUGAUCAAGGAAAGUGCCCUUAGAACCAAGAUCCGACAGCUGAGGCGUCAUCGAGAUCAGCUGAGAGCUGAAGUGAAGCUACGCCAAGCCGGAGUUAAAAAGUCUACCACUGUAGAACCUGACCGAACAGUGGAGCUCAGUGAACAAGAAGUUUUGGAAAGACAACGAGAAAAUGUGACUGCCAUUCUCCAGGCAUAUCGGUUUACAGGGCUCAGUGGAAAGCUGACCCGCCGCGGGGUCUGUGUGUGCAUCAGCACCGCCUUUGAGGGGGCCCUGCUGGAUUCCUAUUUUGUGGAUCUUGUCAUCGAGAAGCCACUAUGGAUACAUCACCAUUCUGUCCCCGCCUUCAUUCCUCUGGAAAAGAUAGCCGCACAGUUCCUGCAGACAGAUGUUCAGCGCUUCCUCUUCACCCUUAGCGAGUACCUGAAUGCGUACUCGGGGAGGAAAUACCAGGCUGACCGACUCCAGAGUGACUUCGCAGCCUGCCUGGCUGGACCUCUGCAGAGAAAUGCCCUGAACAACCUGCUGUCCUUUACUUACAAAAACAACAUGGGGGCUAAGUCCAUGCUGUACUGCGCCAGAUUGCUGUACAAGGACCUCACCAAAACCCUCCCAACGGACGUCACAGUUACUUACCAAGGGGAGGAAGCAUUGUCUACGUCACAGGCAGAGCUUCAGACAGCCCAGGAAACACUGUUCUGCACAAAGCCCAUACAUCAGGUGUUUGCUUCCUUUUCACAAGUAGAAAAGCUGGAUUCAAGGAUCCAGAGCUGAAAACUAUGCAAUUGCUCGCACUCUUUACCUGGAACCAUCCUAGCCUUGAACAGAUGCCCGCUUCAGGAUGAAGAGCAAGUAUAAGUCUCUAGACACAGGAGUUUACACAAGUUCUUGAUUUUCCGGGUACAAUGCUUACUUGUUAGAAUGCUUACAGUCACCUGUCCUUCUACCCAUGAAUUUGAAAGUCAGAGUGAUUUCUGGAGUGAUAGAAGACACCAUAGGAAAGGUUAACGAGUAUUUCUACCUUUUGGGGGAAGUCUUGAAUGACUCUGCCUUGCUUUUCUGCCCAAGACUUAGAGUUCUUAGGACACUAGAUUCUGGACUAGGAGCCUGGCUCGAGUGAACGUCUGCCUAGCAAACACAAGGCUCUGAGUUCAAACCUCUGUAUUACCCACAACACCCUGACACAUGAUAUAAGGUAGAUCAUAUAGUUAAAAAAGAGUAAGUGUGAGUUGGGCACCAGUGGCUUACUCCUAUAAUCCUAGCUACUAAGGUGGUUGAGAUGUGGAGAAUCUCAGUUCAACACCAGCUCAUGCAGAAAAGUCUGUGAGCCUCUAUCUUCAAAGUAAUCGAUCUUCCUCCCCAUAGCCAAGGCCCUUUUGUGUGACCUCGGGCCUUCCUGUCUGUCCGGGAACUUAUUGUUCCUUGGCUUAGGGCCAGUUGAUGGCUGUGAAAACCUGUCUGGCUGGUCAGGUUCUCCCAUUACAACGCCUGUCCCUGUUUGCCCAGUGCCAGAUAGGAGCUAUGCUGCCCAAGGCUUUGCGCCACUCCCUAAAGCUCAUGUUACGUGCAAGACC